AUGGCGAGCAACGAGAGCACCGAUGAAGAGUCGGUUGCUCCGACGGCCGAGGAAAUCUAUGAGGAACAGAAACGUGAGUUGCAAACAGCACGCUCCCUGCUCUCACGGGCCGUGAACCGAGUGAAGGCGGUCAUCGCCAAGGAUCCCAAUCCAACGACAUUGACCGAGCUCCGCGCGGCAAGAGACUCGUUACGCGAACUGGCAAAAAGGCUGGCAAAAGCCACAAAGGCCGUUUUGAGGUCCCGUCAGAUCGCGCACGAGACCCGUGAGGCGGAAAUCAAGAAGGACCUUGACUACGAGGAAAAGAUCAACGACAUCAAUUUCGACAUCAACUCGUACUUAUGGAAAAAUGAUCCAGAUGCAGCUUCGGACGGCUCGCGUCGUGCAUCCAAUUCAAUUCAGCAAGAAGCGAUCGCCGAUCCGCCGAAGAUGAAUUCAACGAUGACUGGCAACACGCCGGCUCCGAAGAACACGUGGAAGGAGAUUCUACAACGGAUUCCGAAAUUCGAAGGAGACCCGACCAAAUUUAAACGUUGGAGAAACGCAUUCUGUCUCUACGUGGAUGCGGCAUCGAUGGACGAUCUCGAGAAAUUCGAGUUGUUGCUGAAAACGGUCAACGACAGCGUGGCGAAAUGUAUCAUGAGUUUGGAGGUAUCAGCUGCAAACUACGUCAGCGCGAGAAACAAGAUCUUCGACAUGUACGGCGACAUCGUAAUGGCAGAGGAUCAACACGUCGACAACUUGAUGGAAGCCUGUACGAGGAAAGACGUUCACGAAAACAAGAGUUUCGUCAAUUUCGUCACGGACGUCUCUCAGAGUAUCGAAUCGCUGGUAGCUUUAGGAAACUCGUACGAAGGUAUGUCGGUGUUCGCAACUAGAUUCAUUCUAAAGGCACUGCCAUAUGACCGGAAACGGAGAUUCGAUGAUGCUUAUGCGAUGGUGAGUGAACAAGACAGAGAGUGCAGGCUGAAAGCGCUGCUCGAUUUUCUCAGAGCUGAACAGAAGCAAGUCGGGAGGCUGACCCUAGUUUUCAAGGCAGGUGCGAGCACGAGUAUUGCCAACAGAAAGAACAAAUUCGGUAACCCGGGGGAUUCGCUCCGAAACCGGUUCAAUCCUCAAAGAGCGAGUCCCGCCGGACCGAGCGGGUCGAUUAGUAGUCAGCACGCUUUCGCGGCGACCACGUCGUCACCGUCUAUUGACCACUCUUGCAUCUUCUGUUCAGAAUCGCAUAGCAGCUCGAAGUGUAAAAAUCAAAUGUCUCUUGAAGAGAGACGUAAAUGCGCAACUUCGAAGGGUGCUUGUUUCCGUUGCUUGGCUCGUAACCAUCUCGCGAUAAAAUGCAAAGCCAAGGGGUGCGCGAAAUGUAAGGGGAGCCAUCAUAUCCUGUUAUGCGGGAAGCCCGAGGAAUCGAUCUCAUCGGCUGCGGCGGUUGUUGAAGAACAGCCGCCGGCGAGUACGAAUUCGAUAAAAAUCGUCGAUGUCGCGGAGAAGCGACUACCAACGGGGUACGUCGAGGUUUUGUCUGAGGACUGUAAGGCGAUCGGAAGGAUUGUUUUGGAUACGGGGAGUCAGAAGACUCUGAUCACGAACAAGUUUGCGGACCUCUUACACGCAAAACAGGUCGGCUCCGAGACUUUCUACAUGCAUUCGGCGGGGCAUGCGUCUCCGAAACGAUACAAGGGAAGAAUCGUGGAAAUCACGCUAAAGAGCCGGUUCUCAAACGCGCACCUGAUGAUAGUGGCGACAGCACUACCGGUCGUAGUGGAGGGAAAUCUGCCCGACGCGAACUUCAAAGAAAACCUCAGAACGAUUGCUGACUGUAAUGAAGGCGACUGGGAAACAGAUAUCAAUAUCUUAACAGGGGUAGAUUUCCUCUAUCCCAUCCUGGGUCAGAACAUCAGGAAAGUGAGCAGUUUCAUUGCGAUUGAGACGCUAUUCGGGUAUUUCUUGUGCGGGACUGGCUGCCACCAAGAGAUCAAGCUGAAUCCAGCGCUGGUGGAAGCGAUCAAGAAAAAGAGGGACUCGUGGGACGGAGACAGGGGGCGGGGACAUUCAGACCCGACGGUCUCACUCGCAGCGACAGUCAAGUCGAAAUUUGACCCCGACGACAUAGCGUUCCUCUGGGAGACCGAAAUCAUGGGCAUCGAACCAUAUUUCGAAGAAACGGAUGAAGCUCCGAACGAGGAGAUGCGGCAGUUCUUCCGGGAGACUACUAAAAGGAAGGAGGAUGGGCGAUAUGUUAUUCAGUUGCCGUUCAAACCAAACAUUGACACGUUAGGUGAUAAUCGAGCAUUGACCGAACAGAGACUAAGGGGUUUUCUAAGUAAGGCAAAACGAGAUCGAGACUUCUUGGCGGCUGUGGAUGCCGAAAUGCGAGACUUGUUGAAUCAAGGAUUCAUCGAACUCACAGAGGCCCCAAAACCAGGGGAAAAGUCGCACUACCUACCGCUCCUGGCGGUGAUAAAGAAACCCGCCACAGCGAACACCAAAAUGAAAGUAAGGGUAGUCAAUGACGCCAGCGCGCGGUCAAGAGAUGCGGCGGGUUUAAACGACGUAUUGCACCAAGGAGAAAACCUCAUAGCGGACAUCGCUCUGGUUAUCCUCCAAUUCAGGCAGCAAAAAAUCGUAAUCUCAGCCGACAUAGAACGGGCUUAUCUGCAAUAUGAAAUCACGCCGAGCACCGGAAGCGCCAUGGCUGGGAAUGCAAUCGUGUCGGCCGCUUUCGGGUUGGUGAAUGCACCGUUCACGCAUUGUGCGGGCAUAAUUCAUCACAUAGAAAACGAGAUAAAGAGGAAACCCGAGCGGAAGGAACUCCUAGAAUACGUGAAGAAAUGGUUCUACGUCGACGAUCUGAUCGCGGGGGCGACUGACGUCGAUAAGGGGAUAAACGUCGUCGAAACUCUACGAGACUCCUUCGAAGCCGGGUGUCUCCCUCUGAAAAAAUGGGCCACGAGCUCACCCGAGCUGGGAGAAUACAUUCAGCGAAGUCACCCAGACUCGACGGUAACGUUCAGAGACGAAAACUUCAAAUUCCUGGGAGUACGUUGGAACCAAAAACUAGAUGCUCUGCACAUAGAUAUCUCACAGACCCUGGAUUUCUUCAGGUCCUGUGAGCCGUCGAAACGGACUCUGCUCAAAGGGGCGAGUCGAAUCUUUGAUCCGUGCGGGCUAAAUGCGCCAAUCUUACUGGGAAUGAAAAAGUUACUACAGAUACACUGGCAACGUCGAUACGAUUGGGACUUCAAGUUGACCGGGGAAGGUCUCGAAGAAUUCAGAGGAGUUGCCGAGCGUCUGGAAAACGCGAAAGGCAUCAGCGUAGCCAGGAGCUACCUCGGACCAAAUGGAGACGCGAAGGGGGCGCAGCUCGAACUGCAUGUGUUCAGUGACGCGAGCCUCACGGGGUACGGCUGCGUGGCGUACACACGGGAUGUCAGUGAUAUCCGCAAUGUAAAUGUCUCAUUCAUAAUGGCCAAAGGGAGAGUAGCACCUCUCAAAGGUCAUUGGUCUAUCAACAGACUCGAAUUACUCGGAGCAAUCGUGGCCACCAGGGUAGCGAAAAAGAUCAUGGAGGCGACGACCCGGAAGUUUUCCUCAGUAAACUUCUGGUGCGACAACGCAGCCGUACUGGGUUGGAUUAGAGAUAGACCUCAGCGCUGGCGGAGCUUCGUUCAGAAUCGCAUAGAAGAGAUACAGGCAAGCACAAACGCAAACCAAAGGCGUUUUGUCAGGUCAAAAGACAAUCCUGCGGAUCUGGUCUCGAGGUCUUCGACUCUUGAGACCGAAGAGCUGCGAGAUUUCUGGAUGCGAGGACCAGAGUGGUUGAGUACGAAUAGGGGGCCCGAGGAUCACAAUCUCAAUCCAGAGGAUUUCGAGCACGAGGUUGUCAACGAGAGGAGGGCGCAAUGCGUGGUUGGGGCGGUAACGACGAAGGCCGAGUCAAUCGGAGUGCGGUCCUUUUCGUCAUGGGCCAAAACGGUCCGAGUAGUCGCCUAUGUGUUGCGGUGGAAGAAGUUCAAGCGGGUCGCGAAACCGCAGUGGCUGAUUCCGAUCACUACAGAGGAAUACGAGGCAGCCGAAAGGGCGAUAUUGGGAAACAUCCAAAGGCAACACUUCGCGGCGGAGUUGGAUUCUGGUCUCGAAGAUCUGUCGAAAAAGAGCCAACUAUAUCAAUAUAAUCCGUUCGUCGACAAGCAUAAUCUCAUAAGAUGUCGAUCGCGGCUCACGAAUUUGAGAGAUGUGGACUUCGAGACUGCGAACCCAAUAAUCCUGCCAGGGGAAAACGAGCUCGUGGAGCUCUAUGUUCAAUGGAUGCACUCGGAAAUUUGUGGCCACGCGGGAAGCGUUCAGGGUAUAAUGCAUCGAGUAAGGAGGAGAUUUCUAAUUCUGAGAUGUCGCCGGGUCGCGAGUCGCGUGGUUAACAAAUGCAUGGUUUGCGUCAAGUUCAGAGCAAAGGCAGCAGCCGAACCGGUCCCGGAACUUCCUAAGUUCAGGGUGGAAACCGUAGCAGCAUUCGCGAUGACCGGGGUCGAUGCCACAGGACCAAUAACAGCCAAGAAUCGGGAAGGGAAAAAGUCGUCGGCGUACAUCAUGCUGUUCUGCUGUCCGGUGUCAAGGGCUGUGCGGAUGGAACUGGUCGAAAACUUAUCGACGUACGAGUUUCUGCUCGCGAUGAGGCGGUUUUAUAACCGGAAUCCGACAGUUCAAUGUUUCUUCUCGGACAACGCGGCAUCGUUCCGGAGAGCCGCGAAAGAGGUGAAAAUUUUGUUCGAUCUCGCAAGGACGGAGGCGACUCAAAGCUUCCUUAAUAAGCACAGGAUCUCAUGGAAGUUUAACACGGAGCGCGCAGCAUGGAGAAAUGGGUUCGUUGAGCGGUUGGUCGGGAUAAUUAAGAAACCUCUCCGGAAAAUCGUCGGGAAAAACUUCCUACCCUUCAGGGAAUUGGAAACCGUUCUGACCGACAUCGAGAAGAUCGUCAACGACCGGCCACUAACGUGCGUGAGCAACAGUCCAGACGAGAUGCUUCCGAUCAGUCCUUCCGACCUCCUCUAUGGCAAUAAGGUGUGCCCGGCACUGCCGGAAAUUAAUGAAGCGCUCGAAGUCGUAAAUCUGGCGUCACCGAACGUCCUGUCCGAGAGAUGGAAGAACCAAGCAAACAUACUGAAUGCCUUCUGGAAUCGGUUCAGAAGGGAAUAUCUGAUUCAGUUAAAGUCGAACCAGGGGGCGAAACCUGUGAAGAGUCGGCCUCUCCGGGUCGGAGACGUCGUGCUAAUCGACGAUCCCGCACCAUCCCGGAGUUUUUGGCCAAUGGCCAGGGUGCAAUCCAUGUGCGGCGGGGAGGGGACGUCCGACGGACGUAAGAGGACCUGCAUAAUCAAAUUAACGAAUGGCAGAACACUCAAGCGUCCAAUCCAACUUCUAUAUCGACUUGACGUUACGGAGGACACCUCAGAAGCCGUAGGAGGCGGGUUGAGAAAUUAG